UCAGCCAGCCCCGCCCAAACUGGCGUCCUGGCUCCAGGAUAUCUUUUCCAUCUUCUCCAGUCCACCUCAUACCACCUCACCCCUCUGCUGGCAAGAGGGGGCCUGAUUCAUCUUCCCGCCAGGUACGUGUUCCACGCAACCGAUCAGGGCCGACCAGAAGACCUGAGACACCUUUGCCUCAGAGCUUCGAAAAGUGAAUGAGCAAUCCUUCUCAACUGACUCAAAAUGUUUGUCUCACCCAGAAGAUGGAACUCCCGAAGGGCUGCUCUGCCCAACGGACACUCCUAUCUGCCAUCCUCAACAUGCUAUCACUCAGCCUCUCCACAGCAUCCCUGCUCAGCAACUGCUGGUUUGUGGGCACACAGAAGGUGCCCAAGCCCGUGUGCGGAAAAGGUCUGGCCGCCGAAUGCUUUGACGUGCCGGUGCCCUUGGAUGGGAGCGGCGCCAACUCAUCAUCCCCGGAGGUGGUGCAAUACAGCUGGGAGGCUGGGGAUGACCGCUUCUCCUUCCAUACCUUCUGGAGUGGCAUGUGGCUAUCCUGUGAGGAAACUGUGGAAGAACCAGGGGAGAGGUGCCGAACUUUCAAUGAACUCACACCACCAACCGAGAGAGGUGAGAAAGGACUACUGGAGUUUGCCACGUUGCAAGGCCCACGUCACCCCACUCUCCGAUUUGGAGGGAAGCGGUUGAUGGAGAAGGCUUUCCUCCCCCACCCUCCCUUGGGGCUUGUGGCAAAGAUCCUAUGGUUAUCACUUGGAGCCCAGUUCUUGUCCAUCGGACUUGAAUUCGUCAGCUUCCUCCUGCUACUGAUGGACCUGCUGUUCACCGGGAACCCGGGCUGCGGACUCAAGCUGAGCGCCUUCGCCGCCAUUUCCUCUGUCCUGUCAGGCCUUCUGGGCAUGGUGGCCCAUAUGAUGUAUUCACAAGUCUUCCAGGCAACUGCCAACUUGGGUCCAGAAGACUGGAGGCCACAUGCUUGGAAUUAUGGCUGGGCCUUCUACACAGCCUGGCUUUCCUUCACCUGCUGCAUGGUGUCGGCGGUCACCACCUUCAACGCAUACACCAAGCUGUUGCUGGAGUUCAAGUGUAAGCACAGUAAGAGCUUCAAAGGAAAGCUGAGCUGCCCGCCGCACCAUCCCCAGUGCUUCCUGGAGCAGCUGUCCUGUGCAGCCCCCACGGGGCAUCCUCUGACCAGCUACCACCAGUACCACCCUCAGCCCGUCCGCUCCGUCUCAGAAGGAGUUGACUUCUACUCCGGGCUACACCACAAGGGAUUUCAAGGACCCAGCCAGAGGCUGAAGGAAGAGGCGGCUGGGUCAUCCAUAGAGGAAGAACCGUGUUAGAAGUAGUAGGGUUUAGAGGGCAGGCUGAACCCAACCUUACAUGUUCGUUUGCUUAUCAACAUGUACUGAAGCCAGAGUCUGUGUGUCGAGCAUGGU